GUAGUAAACGAAAAGACUCGUGGUUUUGGAAGGAGAAGGAUAAGAUUUAAAUUUCCGUGCUGUGCUGGUUACUAAAAGCUGUAAGAAUGUCCUUGCCAAGUUACGCAAAGUCUGAAGCCAUACGCGAUGAGAUACACCACAAUGAUACUCUGCCCGAAGAGAUACUUUGCAUGAUUUUCGAUCUCCUUGAUCUGCACAGCGUGAAAAACGCAUCCCGCACUUGCCAAAGAUGGAACAACAUCAUCUUCUGCAGCGGAUAUGUGAACAGAUUUUCCUUCUCAAUGCGAGAUUUGUUAGUACCACCUGGACAAGAAAGUUUUUGGAAUUUACAGUGUGCACAAGAACAGAACCCACAGAUGCAUCAUCUUGCAAUGGAGCAAUUUAGAGGCAUGGUGGUACGAUCAAAGCGUUGCUAUCGGAAUCUAAAGUGCACAAUAGACGAUGUUGCUCGAUUUUCUUCACUAUGGGAAACACUGAAUUCCAAAUUCAAGAAUGAUCUACAAUCGCUAGUGAUUAAUGUUACUAAUGACGCGGUACAUGUUCUACCUUUGAUAACAGCUGCUAUUCCGCUGAUGACUCAGCUCCGUUCGCUAACACUAAAGGAAUGUGGAAUGAAUCAUUAUUUAUAUUAUGUGUAUGAAGUACCAACCUUUCGUAGCAAUUCUGUGAAGCAUUUUGAAAUUCAACCUGACAUUAAGAUAAAUAUAGAGAUGCCGGAAUUGGAAUCGUUCCACGGCGUAUUGCCUAUAAAUUUUUUGUCAUUCAGGCCAUCCAACAUGAAGCAGCUUACCGUUAAAAUCAUAGAAAAGGAUUAUUUAGACCAAGAAGCGGAUCCUAUAGACUCUUUAAACAUUCGCGGUAUGAUUCUUCUAGAAACAUUGAAAUGGGAGAUUGAGGUUGAAGAUGAAUCGUUCCUCGCAAUAUGUGAGACGUGCACCAAGUUGAAGGAUUUGUGCUUCACGAAACGAAUGAUCAUUUCUAAUUCUGAUGUCUUCAGUAAUCUUAACAAGCUCGUCAAUCUUCGCAGACUUAAAUUUCAAAACUACUACGAAAGUUUGCCUUUCUACAUUGACCUAUCAAAACUAACGGAACUAGAAGAGAUAGAUCUGGGAAUGAUGGCAAAAGAGGGUGUAAAACUUCCCAAGUCAAUCAAAAUGUUUGCGGUGGAAAUCUGUCUAGAAAAUCAGCAAAGCAUGAUCGAGUCUUUGUUUGACCCCGAGCUGAUAGAAUUAAAAACACUCCAGCUAUCCUUCCACCACAGUAUUGUGAAUAAAAGAGAGUUUUUCGAGAGGUUACCCCUUUUAAAAAAUCUAGAGGAACUUACAUUCGCUGGAGGAUAUUAUACAGAAUCAGAAUUUCUUUGCCUCAACGCUCCAAUGGAUCGCCUGCGUAAGCUUAAGUUCGAGAUGUACCUUCUAAAUGUACAGCGUUUUCUUGGGAUCGAAGAAAAAUUUCCCAACUUGAUAAAUCUGGAAUUUUUUAAUAACGGCCUCAACGAAGUCGUUUCCUUAAUUGGAUGAUUAUCUUCUAGUAAUGUUGAGAAUUGAAAUUGAAAUUAAGAAACUUUUUAUAACCAUAAUCAUAAAGCAUGCUGAUUAGCCAUAAAGCGGUGUUUUAUGUGACUCUCUCUUACUAAAACCUACUUGGGCUUUUUUUAAUAGCAUACGCUUAAAGAACUCAAUGUUAUUCAUGGAAUAUCUCUAUGAAAGGAAACGUGAUGUUCGUUUAAUGUAAGGAGAGAAAAUACGAGCUUCGAACAGAAGACCACAAAGUGGAACUGGAAUCUAUGUGAAUAAACGACAGGAAAUAAUCAAGUA